AUGAGUACCCUUCCUCCGGUUGUAAUAGCGAUAUCGCUGCUUCCCUCAUGAUCUGAUAGUUCAUGGCUAUUUUGAGGGGAUUUAAUCAUUUUUUUCUAAUGUAGACUGACUUUAAGCAAAAGUGGACCACCCAUGUUGUCCAAGACGAAGAACUGGUUGGGCUCCGGCCAGGGAAAACCCAAGAAUGUUCACUCUUUGGAACACCUUCGUUACCUGUAUCAGGUGUUGAUAAGGAACUCUGUGGUAACAGAGCAGAACCGAGGGCUUCUUGUUGAGACCGUCCGCUCCAUGUCAGAGAUUCUUAUCUGGGGCGAUCAGAAUGAUAGCUCUGUCUUUGAUUUUUUCCUUGAGAAGAACAUGCUCCUGUUCUUCCUGAAGAUCCUGCGCCAGAAGACAGGUCGUUACAUCUGCGUGCAGCUCCUCCAGACACUCAAUAUCUUGUUUGAGAACAUCCGGAACGAGACUUCACUGUAUUAUUUAUUGUCCAACAAUCACGUGAACUCCAUCAUCGAGCAUCGAUUUGACUUUUCCGACGAAGAGGUUUUGGCGUAUUACAUCUCGUUCUUGAAGACUCUGUCUUUCAAGUUGAAUGUGCACACUAUUCACUUCUUUUACAAUGAGCACACCAAUGACUUUGCCCUGUACACCGAGGCCAUCAAGUUCUUCAACCAUCCGGAGAGCAUGGUGCGAAUCGCCGUCAGGACGCUCACCCUCAAUGUGUAUAAAGUGAACGACAAUGCAAUGUUAACCUACAUUCGAAACAAGACCGCAGUCCCAUAUUUCUCCAACCUGGUUUGGUUUAUCGGCAACCACGUCCUAGAGCUGGACAGCUGUGUGAGGAAUGACAUUGAUCACCAGAGUCGUAACCGCCUGGCAGCCCUGGUAGCUGAGCAUCUGGACCACCUGCACUACGUCAAUGACAUCUUGAACCUGCGGAUAGAGUCACUGAAUGAUGUCUUGACGGACCAUCUCCUGAAUCGGCUUCUCAUACCGCUGUACGUCGACUCUCUGACCAGGGAACGGUCCUUCGGCUUGGCUGAGGAUCCUCCCCACAUCAGUGCUGUGGUGUCCCUUUUUCUGCUCUCUCAGGUGUUUCUCAUUCUGGAUCAUCCUCCGCUUGUCUCCAACCUGGCUGGAAUCAUCUUCCAUGGCAACGAAGCGUUCCUGGCCCAGCAACCCACCGACAUCAGCGGCAUUGAACGGGUGCAGUACCGGGGCUUUGUGAAGCCCCAGGAGAGCCUGGAACGCUCACUGGAGAGCAACAGGGAGCGGGGUGGCACCCCACAGCCAAGGAAGAGGCCCAACUACCGCAACGUGGACUCCCCGACGGACGAGGUGGAAGGGGAGGGCGGCUUCUUCGCUGACAGCCCUGAGUCGCAGGAGCAGGACGGUGAGCCGGUGAAACCGGCAAAGGAGGGAGGGAUUCGGGAGGAUGAGAUGCAAGAGAAACCUGUGAUGAUACCCAGCAUUGAGCAGAUUGAAGCCAUGGCUGGAUUGAACUGUACUGACGAAGAGAAGACGUCCGCAGAGUAUGAGGCCAGACAGUCAGAACUGCAGCUAUCCGGGAGGCCGUACCUGCAAGCCAUCAUCAACGCAUUAGAUGCAAGCAAAGGAGACUACAAAGCACUGAUCUCGCUGUGUCUGUUGUACGCCAUGGGGUCCAAUGAAGGUAUAAAACAAGAUCUGUUGGUCAGUGUGUGCUUGUCAAGUAGGUCUGAGGACAAGACCAAUUACAGCAGGAUCUUGGUGAACUGCCUGAUUUCUGUCAUGGGACAGAGUUGCCAGUUUAAUAGUCGUAUCCGUCCAGUAACCCUGGAGAUGGCUAGUCUCCUGCUCAAGCAGCUUGUGUAUUCAUCUGCAACCAGCCGCUGUUUCCUUGAGGAUAAGCAUCUAGCUGGUGUCGAGGGAGCCAAAGAAGAAAGCAUGCUGCUCUUGAGGAACUUCUACCGAGGAGACGAGCUCUUCCUGGACAUGUUUGAUGACGAGUACCAAAGUAUGACGACCCGUCCCUUGAAUGUGGAAUACUUGAUGAUGGAUGAAUCUAUACUUCUUCCCCCCACUGGAACGCCACUCACUGGCAUUGACUUUAUCAAGCGCCUGCCCUCUGGAGAAUUGGAGCGAACCAGGAGGGCAAUCCGCGUGUUCUUCCUCCUUCGCAGCCUGUCACUCACUCUCCGCCACGAACUGGAAACCAAGCUACCCUUGGCCAGCCAGGAGCAGAUGGUCAAGGCAUCUGACAAGCUGGACCUGAAUAACAGCGACUUAAUUGCUUGCACUGUCCUCAUGAAAGAUAAAAGUCCGCAGAGGGUCCGAAGAUUCUUGGUGAUUGACAACCACCAACUGAUUCUGGUGGAGCCAGACAGCAAGAAGCUUGGAUGGGGUGUGGCCAGAUUUGUGGGGCCGCUUCAGGACUUGGAGGUGACCGGGGACAAAGACGACAGCCGCUCACUGCAUGUCACCAUUCACAAGAGGAUGACCACCUCCCCCCAUGCUAAGCCCAUCCCCUUACUGGCCGCCAGAUUCCAGUUUGACGAUCACAUACGCUGCAUGGCAGCCAAGCAGCGCCUCACCAAAGGUCGGCAGCGAGUUCGUCAGGCCAAGACUGCGGACAUCGCUGCGCUCCUGGAGAUCCCUCCUCCGGCCUCCCCAACAGCAGCUGGCCCACCCUACCCUGGCCUUGGCUCUGCCCAUCCGGGGAGUGCCAGACCAGUCUCUCAGCAAGCAGGACGGGGGUUCACGGUCGGCGACGGCUCGUCCGCUGUACAAAGGGCUGUGGCUCCCAUCGCUCAGGUCAUCGGGGCGAGGCGAGGUCUCUUCUCUUCAUCUAACCGCCGUCACUCCGACCCCCAGAGUAAAGCGCAGCCACCAGGAGCGAUGACACAAGGGCCGGACACCAAGGGUGCCACUGGAUCAGGUUCACCAGCCAAGAGCAAGCCCAAGCCGGUAUCGGGAUCGCCGUCUCACACCCCCUCCAAGAGCCGCUGGACCGGGGCCAGGAGGCCAGUCACUGGCUCGCCGGAAGUAGAGGAAGCCAAGGACGCCAUGUCACCAUCGGCCUUCGGCACUCCUCCAAUGGAUGAAGAUCAGCCCGCCCACGUCCAGCCAGAUUUUGACAGCAGCAGCAGCAGUAACAAUGCUGUCACCUUUGACAGUGAUGACAACUUCUACCAGCCAACCAGUGAGCUUGAUGACGAUCAGUCUGCUUUACCUCCCACCCUGGCCAAGUCCAAAGCCCCGCCCCUCACCCUCAUCCCAAGCUCCAACUCUGCCAAAGGCCAUGUGGAGUCACCCAAGCUCCUCCCUCCAGCAUCAGAAGAGCGUGUCCGCAGCUUCAGUAGUACCUCCUCAGAUUUGGCCAGAGCGUCAGGGCCCACAUCCCUUCCACUUGUCUCGCCAUUUGCAAGCAAGAGCCCAGCCACAAUAGAUGUGAAUCCAAUCUUUGCCUCAGUGGAUAAGUCGGACACCACAUCUGUGGAGAGUGCCCAGGCUUCCCUGUCCAGGCUCAGCCAAAGCUGGAAGGACUCAGAGCCAGACUUGGUGGAAAUGAAGUCAUUUUCACAGUGGCCUCAGGAAUCAGAUGAUCGUCUGACCAACCCUGAUCUAUCAGACCCUAGCAGGACAGAAGGGGAGACGCAGAUGGCCUCGGCAGGUCCUUUAGAGAAGGAUUUGUCAUCAUCAGUCUCAGAGAACAGCAGGCAGGGGCUAGACUGGGUGAGCAUCAGUGAUAGGGACAGUCCAUCAGAUGCCAGACUUAGUCUUGAUAAUGACCCCCGAGGGUCCCUCUCAGACCCUGAUCAGCUACCAGCACAGCAAGGGGUACCUUCCUUGGACGAGUCACUGCAGAGCAUGGUGCAAGCCCAGAUGCAGAGCUUGGCAACCUCUAGUCACUGUGACGGCGAUUCUUCAUCACCACCAGGAGAAAUUGUGUAGGCACGAUCCGUAACCAGGAGGAUUUUGCCAGACCCUAUCCAGCACAGAGAGAAGUUUGCUAGCUUUACAUGUAGAUAACAUAAUCCACUUCUAGCUGCAGUUGAAAUCUUUCAGAAACUGCCCGGCAGCAGAAAGGAAAAUCCGUCAGACAUCAUUUAGCAGUGCGAGCAGUUCUUAGAUCUCUUCCAAGACAAGGAGAAGUUGAAGUUCUUCCAACCGUAGCACAGCGUAAUCAUCUAGAUCCCAUCCACCGCCUGGAGAAUCCUCUGAUGCCCCUUCAACUUCUAGGUCAGAAACAAACUGUGCUGUAAAAAUAAAGUUCACUGCUAUAUACUAAUCCGAUAAGACGCCCUUACUGCGGUGGCACCGCACUCACAUGCACAUGCUUCAGCUUGACGCACGCGUGCAUUUGACAAAUCACGACAUCUUAUUGUUUGAAGAGGUAUGUAACGCACGCGUACCAUCUGUCCCCGAGCAUUGUGCCACCUCAGUAAUAGCGUCUAAUUCUAAUGGUCGAAUUACACUCUUUUACAAAUACAAGAAAAUGUUUCCUACAUGUAUGUGUUACUUGUCAGUCAAGCACAAGUUGAUUGUAUGUGAUGGAGUCUUUCUUUCUGGAUUUGCCACGUGUGUUCUGCAGCAUGGCAGAGUUCAAAGGAAUGUCAGCCUGUUGUUGCAAUACAGAAUUGGUAGUGUCCACAUAUAUGACAUUGUUAAAGUGCAGCAUGUGAAGAUGACCCAGGGGACUGGGGGAAUGCAUCUCCCGAAGGUAUCUCAGUGCCCCUCCCCCCCAUGCCAGCAGCAGUGGGUACAAUUUGGUCAAGAGUCACAGCGAAAUCAAACGGCCCUCCCUGAAUCAUGGGCUGCCCCCCCCAUCCUUAGUCCUUUUUCAGCAGAUCUGGCCACAUGCUUUGUGUAAAUAGCGAUUUGGUUGCAGGCCAGUAAAUAAACUGCCGUAGACCACGGUAAAAACAAAUGCUCUCCUAUAAAACCUGGUGGGGACAACUCUUUAGGGUGUUUGAAACUCGUAAGAGCAAAAUUUUAUUUGUUCAUUUUUAUUUAUGGUAAUCCACUGACACUUUGGGAAAAAAGAUUUUCCUCCAACACGACCGCCCCUGAAAGUUGUCGUGAGACCUAUCCUCAUUGUGAAAAAUGAUGCCCGCACCCCACUGAUGAAUUAGGCCUCUCUAAGAGCCAAAUUUCAUCCAUUUUUCGCACAAUUAGAAGCUUCCAUUCCUGCCCGGAAUUGUUACAAAGCAACAAGCUCAUGGGCCAGAAAAUUCUGUCAUAGCAGGGGACUUGAGAGUGGGCACACUGUGAGUUGGUUCGUGUAGGCUAUCACUGGCCUGGAGCCACGGACAGCUUGAUGCAAGAUUCUGAAGAUUUUCCCCUGUACCAGGAUACCAUGAAACUUGGGGCAUGAUUGGUUCGGUAAAAGUCUAACCGUUGUGUGAAUUCCGAAACUCUACCCUCUCUAUCUUUUUGGUCGGACAAUGUCUUAAUCUAGUUGGCUUAGCGCAUUAACGAGAUUACAGUGAUGUCUUUUUUGGAACAUUUGAUGAGACUCUGCAAAGUUUGUGCCAAAUUUACCUAUUUCUCUUCAAAACCUGACAUGCCCAUGUUCCUUUUUAAGUCACAUUCGACGGUGGAAUAUAGUAAGUGUUAGAGCAGGUAUUGUAAGCACGUCUUGUGCUGAGUUAAUGGAGGAAAAAUCAUUUAUUUUCGCGAUGCUGAAUGUGAGCUUGAAGCAAAUUCUAUUUUUUGGUUUUAAAAGGAUUUUUAGCAAAUUGAAGCUGCAGUAUAGUAUUUAAAAGGAAAAUUUUUAAUUUAUUACCCUAAAUCUAUGAGAUUUUCCUACGUGUUCAUUGUCAUUUAGAAGAACCAUAUUUAAAGGCCCGGCCAUUUUAUAAGAAACUUCGAUUGCAACUGGUCUUUUAUGAUGUUUCUUCUCCAACAAACGACUCCAGAAACUAUCGAUAUUUUGUUGACUAAAAACGAAUAAAGGGUUUCCAACAUCCUAGCAACGUGUAUUUUACUGAAAUUCAAAUAGGAACUCAAAAACUCGGUGAAUUAGGUUUGGAAGCCUGCAAACAGUUUGCGUUAAAAAAGUUUGACUGUGCCGCGUUUUUAUCCAGGAUAUCGUAAUAUGGACGAAGGUGGAUUUAUAUCUGUGCAUUAAAACCAGCGCAUUGACCGGUUAGCAACUCUGCUUGGUUUCCUCAAAAGAGGUUACUUUUUAGUCAGGGUUUAGUGAAUUUUGACUUCUCUCUUUGGAUGUCAAGUUCGGAACGAUUUACUUUUGGCGGUUGGCCCAAGCGCUCCUCUGUCUGCCCUUUUAAAACACUCUUAUGCGCUUAAUUAUAUAUAUAUAUAUCAAGUAUACUUGGCUUGUUCUGGCACAGUGACUGUGGAAGACGCAAACCAAAAGUUUAAUUAUCAGGCAUAUCAUCAUGAUGCACCGAACACUGAGGCGUUGACAAAAUUGCUAAUUGAAAUAGUGUAACAGGUUGAGUUAUUGCAAAAUAGUCACAUGUCGUAUACGGGACACGCAUGCACGUUCUCGUUCUAAGAAUUUCCAAGCUAUUCAAAUUGUUUCAGUUUAGAAUUCUUGAAUACGAUGACCACAUUUAGGCUUCAUGUAUUAGUCGUCAUUCCCUCACUGUACUAUUUGAGAAAGAUCAGAUUUUAUUCCUAAUUCGGUUGCCUAUAUACAUGUAUAUCUUAUUUAUUUCUCUUGCAACAAAUUAAAAGGAGAUAUCUGUUUUAUAGUUUAUUAUCUUUGCUAUAUUUGAGUUGUAUUCGAAUAUCCUGUAUCUGUUUACAUGUCAUUGUGUUUUCAGUUAUCUUCGUUUUCCCAUUUUAUCACCACAUUAUUAGAGGCUGAUAUAUUGUGUUGUACUUAUUUGUUAGACCCAGUUGAAUGCGAUUGUUCUACAUACUUUCCAAUGACAGUCUACAGGGCCUAGCAGUUUUAAAGUCUCUAAAAUGGGGGGGGGGGGUUGAAGUUUAAAGCUUAUGUCAGUAUCCCUUUAACGGAAGUACUGCUCAACGUUAUCACACACCAUCGGAAACAAAUUCAAUGGACGACAAAUUAAUUGUCAUGUCUCAAUUUAGCGCAGAAAACCAAGGUUUUGUGUGGUGGGGCAUUGUAGUGCUCCAAAAUUAGUGGUUAGAGUCAAUCGCGGGUCAUAUUUCACGGAGAACACGUCGCUUUGAAUGAAAGAACCCGCAAAAUAUUUCGCCAACAAAGUCAUCUACUGAGAAUUUGGCUAUGGCGGAAGAGACAAGGGUGUUUUUUCCCCCUGCAUUGACGAGGGUCGAAGCCUUCCUCCAUGGUCAAAGCGAGUCGAGCCGUGUGUCAAUACUGUCGUGCCCUUCUUUUUUAAUUCAGUCGCAGACCACAAAAGUGUAAUGAAGCGGUCAGCAGUGAUCCGCGUAUUGGCACUGAGUUCAUGACACAUUCCCAAAUUAAAUAGCGUGCUUUGUUAGGGGAUUUUGCUCUGCCGGAAUCGUUGUCAUGUUUGUUGCACUCGCUGUGAACUUAUCCCACGCUGGGGAUCGCUUUGAUAACUUGGUCCCUUCAGGGUACGGCACUGAAGUAGGAUUUGGACAGUUAUUCACGAAUGCGUGCAAAAAAAGAUGGCAUUGCUCUUUCCGAUGAGUUGGUCGUCUCGUUAUACGCCAAUGGACCGGAUUUUUUUUCCGAAAGCAAGACAUUUCCCCGCCCGGUCGGUUCCUAGUAACUCUUUUGAGAAGCGCGGUGCGUAUUUAUACUCUCUGGUCAUGUCACACUUUCCUUCACCAAAUGGAUCGUGACUAGCGAUUCUUUUUUUCUGUUGCCAGAAAUCCACACAACCGUGCACCGAGGAAAUAAUUUGUCUCGCCCCGAAUACUCCCAAAAUGAUGAAAACAUCUCAGAAAUAUUUAUUUUUAUAGAGGAAUUGAGAUUUUCCAAAAAAAUCACAAUUCAUGGUUUGAAACAGUUCUCACACUACCACAGUUUUUGGACUUGAAAGCCGCAGUCACAGCAGAAGCGUUUAAUUUGCAGGGGGUUUUAGGGAAAGGAUGUUACAAGCAUGCAUGGUUCAGAAUAACUAAUAAACGAUAAAACAUGUUGUUAAAUUCGAUCAACCUGGAGGAUAUUUUUACAGUAGUGGGUGUAGCCAAGAGCUACUUUAAGCAUGCUGUUGCUGAACAACAAAAUAAAAUUUGAGAUGUAUUUAUAUAUUCCACGCAGAAUGAUAAAAAUAGCGCCAAAUUAGCAAACACGAAACCAACUUUUGAGAUUACCUUUUCUGACUUUUUAGACAUGGAAAGCAGAUAUAUCAAGUGUGAUUUUGAAAAUGGAUAUUCAUUGAAGGUUAUUCGCAAUCCAAAAAUUUGGGAUAGGGAAUUAUUUGUUCUUGCCACAUGAGUGAAAGUUGUGGUUUAUUGUAAGGAAUCUUGUAUAAAGUCUUGAAGAAUUGUACUUUUGGUUUCUGAGAAAGAUGAUAUGCCGUAAAUAAACCCAGUUGCAUAGACUUCGAUGACACCCAGAAUGCCUGCCAGUAUUUGAAAUUAUUGUUGGACAGAACUUGUACAUAUUUAAAAAUUAUGUUGUUGGUUCAAAUUAUGGAAAUGUGUAGGCCUGUGUGCUAAUCUAUGUGAGUUGACGAUGAAAAUAAAGAUUUGUAGUUCAUAUUGGC